CACUUAACUUACUUAAAUAAUAACUCUCUUCUUUCUUACAUCUACAUGUAAUCAUCAAGUGUAUAUAAUCAUGAACAUGGAGAUUCAUGACAUGGAUAUUGACAUUGACAUGAUCAUGGAUGUUGUCCCAGAUUUCCUAGAAUUCUCUAAUCAAAGUAACACUACCACCCCACCCACUUCUGAUGACGACACCACUUGGUCCCCUCUCCUUGAUUUGGAUUUCUUCACCACCAACCAAGAUGAUUUUCACAACUUCAUUGAUUCACUCACCAACGACGAAAUCACACCCGUUGCUCCAAAUCUAGAUAACAAGGUUGUAGAGCAAGAUGAUGAAGAAGAAGAAGAAGAUGGAUCCAUGGGAGACAUGUCCAACUCAAAUUCUACGACGGAGGAGGAGGAGGACGACAGAAAGGGCCUCCGUCUAGUGCACCUCCUUAUGGCGGCAGCGGAGGCCUUAACAGGCACAAACAAGAGUCACCAUCUGGCUCAAGUGAUAUUGAUUCGGCUCAAGGACUUAGUGUCCUCCACUCACGGCACCAACAUGGAGAGACUCGCUGCGUAUUUCACCGACGCCCUCCAAACUCUGCUAAAUGGCACCGACUGUGGUGGUCACCACAAACUCUGCCUACUCACUGGACCGCACCAAACAGACAUACUCUCGGCCUUUCAGCUUCUUCAAGACAUGUCUCCUUACGUUAAGUUUGCUCAUUUCACGGCAAACCAAGCCAUCCUUGAAGCUGUAACUCAUGAAAGAAGGGUUCACAUAGUGGACUUUGAUAUCAUGGAAGGGGCGCAAUGGGCUUCACUCAUUCAAUCACUUUCAUCGCGAAAAGAAGGCCUACCGGGCCCACAUCUUCGCAUCACUGCAUUAUCUAGAAACAAAGAACGUGGCAAUGGACGAUCUAGAUCGUCCUUUGCCACUGUUCAAGAAACUGGAAGAAGGUUAACAACCUUUGCUGCUUCCGUUGGACAACCGUUCACUUUUCAUCAAUGUAGGUUGGAAUCAGACGAAAGGUUUCGAACCUCUUCAUUAAAGCUUGUUCGUGGUGAGGCUUUGGUGUUUAACUGUGUCAUGCAUUUGCCUCAUCUUAGUUACCGGGCUUCAGAUUCUAUUGCUUCCUUCUUGAACGGUGCCAAGGAGUUAGGAACAAAGCUCGUGACAUUAGUCGAGGAGGAAGUAGGGCCCAUCACUGAUGCAGGCUUUGUGGGUUUGUUCAUGGAUUCAUUACAUCGUUAUUCUGCCAUGUAUGACUCGUUCGAGGCUGGGUUUCCUAUGAAUAAAUGGGCUAGGAGUUUAGUGGAGCAAGUAUUUUUAGGCCCAAGAAUAAUGGGCUCAGUGGCCCAGUUGUACAUGACUGGUGAAGAGGAGGAGCAAGAGAGGGGUUCUUGGGGGGAGUGGUUGGGUGUGGAAGGGUUCAGAGGAGUUAACAUAAGCUAUGGUAACCAUUGUCAAGCAAAGUUGUUAUUGGGUUUAUUUAACGAUGGGUAUAGGGUGGAAGAGUUGGGUAACAAUAAGUUGGUGUUAGGUUGGAAAUCAAGACGUUUGCUUUCUGCUUCUGUUUGGACUUGUAUGUCAGAGAUUGAAUAUGAUUUUUAAAUGAUUUCUUUUUUCUUCAAUUCUAAAAAUGAAAAUAAAAGACUUGAUUUGAGGGACCAUCUUAA